AUGUUUUCAAUGAGUAUACACGGUUAUAGGUUUGUCACAUGUCUUUUCAGUGGAAUGUCCAGUGACAAGAACACGGCUCCAUUUCGACCAGCUUAUGGGCAGCUUGGAGAGCUAAGAUCAUUAACAACUGUUCCAGUCAUUGCGCUUACUGCCACUGCAUGUACAAAAACUCGGGAAAUAAUCAAAGAAAAACUAAGCACACGGCAGAUAGGCGAUCUAUAUCAAUAUCUGAUGUAUUCUCUUCGUCAGAAGGCUUAUGUCGACUUUAAGCCUGAGGGACCAAAUGAUGACCGGAAUAGACUGUUUGACAUGUUUCAUUCUAAAACAGAUGAUGAAGUUAAAGAAAGUAUCUGCUCCUCAUUCAUGGACCCGCAGGGUACAAAGCGUGUUGUUUUAGUGUCUACAUCCUUCAGCAUGGGCCUCGAUGUUCAAGGUGUAGACCAUGUCAUUCACUAUGGACCAGCUUAUGAUGUUGAAGAUUAUCUACAAGAAACUGGAAGAGGUGGAAGAGAUCCCAAUACGCAAGCACAUGCCAUAUUGAUGAAAUAUAAGAGGUGUUUGUCCGGGAGAAAUGCAGUCAAGCCUUGCAUGAGACAGUAUUGCAAAGGAACUUCAUGUCGCCGUGUGGAACUUCUACAGCAUUUUGAAAGUUCCCCAUCAAAAGUGAGUCCACCCCAUGACUGGUGUGAUGUAUGUGCUCUGACAUGCAAAUGCCAGUGUAACUGCGUGGAAACAUGUGAUUGUGGCCAAACUUGUAACCAAAUCUCAUCAUUGGUCAUGGACAAGAUACGCUCCCCUCUGUAUUCAUCAAGUGAUUCAAGUGACACUGCAUCUGAUGAUGACGUAUCCAGUGACAGCGAGGUUGAUGAGAAUACCAGGAGAAAACCUAUUGUCUUGACGUACAGUUCAGAGAGUGACUGA